AUGGACUCGCUCUUCGGGCGCAACCGCAAAUCGCGCCCGCGCCAGUCCUCCGUCUCGACCGCCUCAGGCACAAAUGGCGAACUCCGCGCCGUACCCUACGAGCGCGUCGCACCCGGCAGCCCGCCCUCCACAACCGGCGGCGCCGGCGGCAACAGCAACACCAGCAAACUCAUCUCGGCGCCAAUCACGAAUCCAGGCCUGACCGACAGCGGCACUGAUCUGAACGUGCGGACUAUGGCGCACGCGCGGGAGAGGAUAUACGGCAGAGCGCGGGAACAGAGCCCGCACAAGAGCCUGUACAAUGGGAGCGAGAACAGCGAGAGCAUGGACACGCUUGCCGGCGGCGAUCAGCGGGCCAGGCGGCUGAGGGCGAGCGAGCACGCGACGCUCGGCGGGCGCAGGACGCCGCCGCCGCCCGUGCCGUCGUCGCCCGCGGUGGGCAGCAUGUCCAGCCCGCGCCCGAUGUCGACCGCCACGGCCCGCUCGGCCCCGGAUUCCCACCGCGCGUCGCGCUACGCCGUCUCGGUCAUCUCGUCCGGCUCGGACGCGCUCCAUCUCCACAAUCUCGGCCGAGGGGCGGACAACGAGUUCCAUCUCGAGCGGCCGGGGGACGACGAGGUCGAGCGAUUGUUCGAGGAAUUGUUGAGGACGCGAGAUCUGGGCGUUAUGCCCGCUCUGCCAAUUGAUCAGAAAUGGCAUCUCGUGCGCUCAGAUGCGCAGUUGAGGUGGCAGGAAGAGCGCUCGAGGAGGAAACAGGCGUCGAGUGCUGCUACCACUGCCGAAGAGGGCUCUCCGGCGUGGUAUAUUCGCAAGUUCCUUGACAAGACUGUCACGCCACAACAGGCUAGCGCGUUACAUAUCUGCUUGAGAAGUAAUGCGUUUGAGUGGUUCAGGCAGUUUGUCGAGCUUAGAGGGACGCCUGUGCUUGCCCAGACUCUGGCUCAUAUUAGCAAGAAGGGCGGUUCGCGUUACGACUCUGAUAACGCGCUCGAGUAUCAAGUCGUGCAGUGUAUAAAGCAGAUAUUCAACUACUCAUACGCAACAACAGAAGCCCUAGGCCACCCGCUCCUCGUAACUCAACUCGCCUCCUCCCUCAACUCCCCCCGCCUCGGCACCCGCCGCCUCCUCCUCGAACUCCUCACCGGCCUCUCCUACCACAACGAAGGCACAUUCCUCCCGCUCGUCAUAACAGCCCUCUCGGCCUUGACCACAGCAAACUCCACCACCCCCGUCGCAGUCCCGACAACCUCCCAAGACUCGCCCUUCACAUACUGGUUCGCCUCGACCGAACAUGCCCUCGCCGGGCGCGGAAAGAUGGGCUCCAUGGUCGGCGCCUCCGACGAAGUCCGGCGCGCAGACAGAGACGGCAGCCUGAACGACUACGCGCUGAACACGCUCAUCCUCAUCAAUGCAAUAAUGGACAACAGCGACGACAUCGACGUGCGCUUACACCUCGCGGCGCAGAUGGACGCGGCGGGCCUCCCACGGCUCCGAGCGCUAUGCGCCGCAUUCGGCGUGCCGGCGCUCGACACGCAGCUCGCGUUCCUCGACGACGCGCUCUCGCGCGACGCCGCGGAGCUCCGCGCGCGCUAUGACGCCGAAGCGCUCAAAGACCUCGCGUCCCCCGCGGACGUCUACGCGGCGCUCUCCGCGCGCACAGCCGGCACCGCGGCCGAAGAGCACCUCCUGUCCAUGCUGCGCCACAUGCUCCUCAUCCGCGCCGAAGGACCAGCUUUGGCACACCACUUCGCGCUGCUCGAUAAUCUGGUCACGGAUGUCGUUAUGGACAGGAAGCUGGGCGGCGCGGAGGGGAGGUUGGGACAGAGCAUCGAGCGGAUUAUAGCGCAGUUCGACGAUGCUGAGGGCGUGAGGCAGGCGAAUGAGGCUGCGGCGAAGGCGAAGGCUGAGGCGAAGAGGGCGAUGAUGGAACGGGAUGCGUUGAGGGCGGAGUUGGCGCAGGGUCCAGAAGGGGGCUUGAGGGAGAGGUUAGACGCGACGGAGGAGAGGUUGGCGAGGGCUAGGGAGAACGUUGAAAGAUUGCAGGUGCAGCUCGUCGAGCAGCGCGAGGGAUACGAGGAACAGAUCGCACAGCUCGAAGCGCAGAUUAUGGAGCUGUUCCGUAUGUUACGCGAGGCGGCGCGCAUUGGCGGCGCACAGGCGGGCGAGCUCGGCGUGUUGCUGGAUAGUGUGGCGAAGGGGCUGAGUGGAGGGAGCGCCAGUAUGGAGGACGGCGUUAUUCGUGGUGGGAGCGGGAUGGAUCGCAAGGCGCUCGUUGAGACGCUCGAGAGACAUCUGCAGCGCACGAAGACGAUCGAGAAAUUGGAGGGGAGGGAAGGUGGGAGUGGGGCGCCGGCUGUACCUAGGAAGAAUGGGAGAAGGAUGAGAGACGGAGAGAGCGGAUGGGAGGAGGAUAGUGAUGAGGAGACCGCCACACCCGGUACCGGCCGUGGAUCAUCACUGUCAAGAGGACGCGGCAAGGGCAAGAAGGGUGGCAUGAAUGGCAUGAACGGCGCCUAUGGCGGCUCUGAAGGCUCUGGCGAAGGCGUGAGGCAAAGCCAGUUCAUGGACGCGGACGAUGCGGACGUGCAGGAGGCCAUCGAGGCACAAUUGGCACAGGGCGUGAAGAUCUACGCGCCACGCGACGAUGUGGCGUCUCCACGCUCACUGCACAACCGCUCACCUCGCCCUGGCCAGCGUCGGUUGCCUGGUUUACCCGGGGCUCAACAACAACAACGGAGCGCAUCAGGUACUCUUCUUGCGCCUGCACCACGUACAGCCGAGAACUUCGCCGGCGUUGGUGCAGGGUACAGUCGCGGACAGAACGGCGAGGACGACGAAGAGAGCGAAUACGAGCAAAGCCUCGUUUCGAACUUCACCAGUCGGACCGAAGAUACCACCGCGACAAGUAUCGCUUCUACGGCGGCUUCGAACGAGAGUACACCGGGCAGCUUCGCGGAACAGCUCUCGAAACAGUUCGCUGCACGUGGUCUUGGGAAAGCGCCCGCGACGAAGGAAGGCGGUGCGGGCGAGAGGAGGAGUGGGAGUCCGCCGCUGCCGUCGUUGCCGGAGGAGGGUACGCCUGCCAACGCAGACGGCACGGGCGCUCCUCCUCCCCCGCCGCCUCCUCCGCCUCCACCACCACCACCACCACCACCACCGCCGCCGCCCCCGCCGCCUGGUGGUGCACGACUCCCCGGCGCAUUCUCACCUCCUCCGCCGCCGCCGCCGCCACCGCCACCGCCAGGUGGAGCCAACUUCCUUUCAGCCUCCGCUUCAGCGCCCACACUCGGCGGCGGACCUCCACCCCCACCGCCUCCGCCCGCCUUCACACCUCCAGGCUCAACACGCGGCAGCAUGCUCCUCGGCGCGAACCUCUCCUCGCUCAUGGCCGCGCACGCGCGCAAAGACAUGCCCUUCACGCCCGGCACAAAGAUGAAACAGCUCCAAUGGGACAAGCUCCCCGUCGCCGCCACGUCCCGCACCGUCUGGUCCGAAGACCCCGCGACGCAGAACGAGCGCGAGCGCGAGAUGCUCGCGAAGCUGUCCGAGAUGAGCAUCUGGGCGGAGAUGGAGGAGGACUUCAAGGCGAAGCAGCUUGUGCUGAAUCUGCUGGCGCGGCAGAAGCGGGCGGAGCUGAAGAGCGUGCUGGAUCCGACUACGAAGAAGAAUCUGGAGAUUCUGGUCAAUAAGGUUAAGAGGCUCGCGCCGGAGGAGAUCGCGCUGAAGAUUAGGGAUUUCGAUGCGGAGGUUUGUACGCAGACGUUUUUGAGUGGGUUGAAGAAUGUUGUGCCUACGCCCGAACAAAUCGGAAAGCUCAACAUUUACCGCAACGCCGAACCCGAAGAACUCGCAGGCCUCCACCCCGCCGACCGCCUCAUGGUCAAACUCAUCCAAAUCGACAGACUCGGCCAACGAAUCGAGAACAUGCUCUACAAGCUCAAAUUCGACGAACAGUGGACGCUGCUCGACGACUCCGCGCGCAAACUGGCCGAAGCGGGCCGCUCGCUCCUCGACGCGAACCACUUCAAAGAGCUGCUGAACCUGAUACUGCUCAUCGGAAACUACAUGAACGGCUCGGGCAUCAAGGGCGGCGCGUUCGGGUUCAGGGUCAGCAGUAUCAAUAAGCUCGUGGACACGAAGAGCGUGAAUAAUACGACGCUGCUGCACUUUUUGGAGAGGACGGUCGCGAAGCAUUUCCCGCAUUUGGACGAGUUUUUGGAGGAGCUGGCUAAGCCUGCUGAGGCGUAUCGCGUGAAUCUCCAGGAGGUGCGCAAGAACUUAGGCGAGCUGCGCGAAGGCCUCCGAAAGAUCCGCACCGAGCUCAACGACCACUUCACCGACGUCGAAGCCAACGACCGCUACAGCCAACAAAUGUGGCAGUUCUCUUCAAAGGCCGCCACGCGCCUCGCCGACCUCGUCGAUGACGUCAACUCCGCCGACGCGAUCUACGCCGACGUGGUCAAGUACUUCGGCGAGGACGACAAGAACAUGAGCUCGGCGGAGUUCUACGGCAUCUUCAAGACGUUCGUUACGAGUUAUCGGAGGUGUCAGGCGGAUAACAGGACGGCGGCUGAGGAGAAGAAUGCGGCGGAGAAGAGGAGGUUGGCGCAGGAGGAGGCUAAGGCGAGUAGAGCCAAGGCACAGGAGGCGAGGGAGGAGGAUAAUGCGGCGCUCGAUACGUUGCUCGAGAAGUUGAGGAAUGGAGACUCGGUUGGGAGGAGGCAUCGGCGGGCGCGGCCGUCGGCUGCGAGCAAACGCGCCGCUGCUGCUGCCAGUGCGGAUGCCUUGCAUCCUGCGCUACCCACGGCAAGCGGCUCGGGCGAGGAGACGGCCGACCGGGCACGUGGUCUGCUCGAGCAGCUGAAGACGAGCGGGUUCAUGAGCGCCGACGGCGCUGGCCUGCCCCCACCGAGCCCGAGUCCCGUACCGAGUACGGCGCGUAGGCGCAGGUUACGUGCUGGGAGUAUGGCCGCAGAGUUGCAGGCCGAGCUCGAAGCAGCAGGUGAACUCGGUAGUCCGGGUCUUGAGGAGGAGGACGCGUUCAGCAUUGGCGAUUAUGGUGGCAGCCCUGAUCCCACGGGUGAGAGCGCGUUCCCGCCCACACCGCCAUCACGCGCGGGGAGCUUCCACCAUUCGCGGGCAGGAAGUUCGGCAUCCUUAGUGGGCGCAGGGAUCUCAAGACCUGGAAGCGCAGCACCGUCGGAUCGACCGGGCAGCGCAGCGUCGCGCGUGCGCUCCGUUGUACAUUCGCGCUCGGGGAGCCUUGUGCGCCCGCCAUCGCGCUCAAGUAGUCUCGCACACGACUCUUCGCCACUUGCUCAGCCGACAGGAUCACCCUUGGCACAACCUCCAUCGCAACCCGGGAGCGCGAGCUCGCGCGCGAAGAGCUUACCUCCUGACGAAGCAGACGAAGUGAACGAAGAGGCGGAUAUGACGAUGACGGAGGAGCUGCAGCUGGCUGCGCUUGCGAGCCGCGAGCUCGAUACUGAGACCGGAUGA